CAGGAAGUUUAUAAUCAUGUCGACCAGGUUGCCAUACAUUGUAGUUCUGCUAUAUACCUGGAAUGUAAUCUCAUUGGUACGAGGAAAACCAGUGAUAGAUCUCGGUGGCGGAAACACGAUAGUUACAGAGAGUGGAUUAUCUGUAAGAGGAACAACUUCACGGUGUUACAGUCCAGUGCCAUCAUUUACCUGGGAGUUAGUGUCUACAGAUAAAAGUUUCUCUCCAAUAUCACUGAAUGGAGAUACAGCAACAGCCACAGUUGGCGGAUCCUGUGGUGGUGGAAGUAGUCUGUACACAGGAUCUGUAGCAGUGAAUUACAAUGUCAAUCAAAUUGUGUAUGGGCAGACUGUUUACUUACGUCUUACCAUUAACAACAUGCCAAGUAUAUCCACCAUAUCAACAGAGACGUUCUCAUUUCCAGUUCACUACAAUUUGACUGGUUCAUCAGAGAUGGCUUCACUGGGAGAAGAGUUUACAUGGACCUGUCAGAUGACUAUCCCUCCUUCCCAAACACAAGUCUUCAUUAGAUUCUACAGAAACGAGACCGGUGUUGGGUUUGUUGGAUAUACCACUGAAUGUCAAGGACUUAGUGUAAAUCCUAGAUACACCUAUACUUGUACUACAGAGAGAGAAUUCAAUCUUGUCAUACCACAAGAAAAUAUGACAGAAGAAGAACAAAAUACCGUAUGGCGAUGCGCUUAUUUCGGUGGGAGUCCAUCUUACAGUAGCAUUCAAAGACAACUAGUAGUUGCAAUUGAUGUAAGCAGCGUGUCUCUGGAUCCCAGCCGUGACCCACUGACAAUGACAGCAGGAGAACAGCGGACUCUUAGAUGUCUUGUCAAUGACAAUGUCUUCCCUAUACCAAUCUACAGGUGGUUUAUAGGAACAACAGUUGUAGGAGACACAUCCACUCUCACAAUAACAGGAAAUAAAUCGGACAAUGGGAUGUUACUGCGAUGUCAAGCAACCAACAACAAUAAACCAAAGGAUGCCGCCAUCACCCUGAACAUCCAGUAUAACCCUGAAGUGACCACCAGCAUACCAAGUCCAUAUCGGGUUGUAGAGGGUCAGUCAGCUACCAUGACAUGCAGUGUGAGUGCUGCCAACCCCAACACAAGCAUCACAUGGAGCUGGAUCAAGACAGACAGUCCUAGUAAUGUCCUCAACACAGGGCCUACCUACACCAUCUCCAACAUACAGAGAGGAGCAUCCGGGACAUACAGCUGUACAGCUAGAAACUCUAUAGGGACAUCUACAUCAGUUACAGUACAAGUAGAUGUACAGUAUAAGCCUGAAGUGACCACCAGCACGUCAAGUCCAUAUCGGGUUGUAGAGGGUCAGUCAGCUACCAUGACAUGCAGAGUGAGUGCCGCCAACCCCAACACAAGCAUCGCUUGGAGCUGGAUUAAGACAGAAAGUCCUAGUAAUGUCCUCAACACAGGGCCUACUUACACCAUCUUCAUCAUACACAGGGGAUCAUCCGGGACAUACAGCUGUACCGCUAGAAACUCUAUAGGGACAUCUACACCAGCUACAGUACAAGUAGAUGUACAGUAUAAACCUGAUGUAAUAAUAACAUCAAGUCCAUACCGGGUCACAGAGAGUCAGUCAGCUACCAUAACAUGUAGUAUGAGUGCAGCCAACCCCAACACAGGCAUCACGUGGAGCUGGACCAAGACAGACAAUCCUAGUAACGUCCUCCACACAGGGGCUACCUUCACCAUCUCCAAAAUACAAAGAAUGGCAUCUGGGACAUACAGCUGUACAGCUACGAACUCUAUAGGGACAUCAACACCAACUACAGUACACGUAGAUGUACAGUACAAUAGUAUCAUAACAUCAAACUUAAGUGAACGAUAUGUCAUCAGUGAACAUGGACGACUUAAGAUAAAAUGUGAUGUGGAUGGAAACCCCUUAUCUACCAUCACCUGGCUGUUUGUUCAAAACAACACUGUUGUUAAGAGAGACUCUAAUGUAAACAGUAGCACACUGGAUAUACCAUCAGCGCAUUGCUUAGAUCACGGGAAUUACAAAGUUACAGCUGAAAAUGGGAAGGGACCAGCUGCUGUCAAAACAAUCCAUGUGGUGGUUAGGUGUAAACCUCAACUAUAUAACAUCAAUUCCCAAUCUCCGGACAAACUAGUCAUAAGAAAUGGCGACUCUCUUCAAAUAUUAGUAAGAAUUUUAUUGUACCCACCAGCGACUCUGACGCAGUGGAUUUUCACAGGGAAAAACAAUACAAGUGAAUUUAUUCCAAAUAACACAGCUGAUUACAGAAUAACAGACGCCAGGGGAGAUAAUGAACAAAACAUCACUCUCUACAAACGUAGGAUCAAUACAGAUGAUUUUGGAGAUUAUAUCAUAAUGGUUCAGAAUGAUAUUGGUACCUUCCUUAGGAUUUAUCAUGUGGAUACAGCAAGAAUACAGGAUAGUGUAGAGAAUCAGACCGGAGUAGCUGUUGGGAGUGCUGUAGGGAUCUUGACGUUCAUCAUCAUUAUCAUAGUCCUUGUGAUCUUUCUCCGAAGGCGCUAUACAUUUAUCUGUAUAAUAAAGUUUGAGAAAAAGAACAUAGACAAACACGUAGAAAUGACAGAUGCAACUAAAGAUGAAUGCAGUAUGUCAAUGGCGGCACAGUAA